AGGUGGAAUAUAGUGUCGAAAUCAAAUCGAAACCGGGUAAUAUAUUAAAAAGUCCCGUUUUAGUACGGGAUCGAUUUGAUGGCACUGAAUUGUUGAACAAAACGUGCCUGAAAUGAGUGCUUAGUUGAAACAACGAAUUCGGAAACUUUUUGAUUUGGGAGCGCAGCUUCUGUCCAAUGUAUGGUUAGUUGCAAUAGCUUGUUGGAAUCAAAGAAAAAUCAAUUGGCUAAUAUAUUCCAAAGACUCAUUCGAAUAGGCAAUUAAUUGGGCACUGCUCGUCCUUCGUUUGGACCGACCCCUUCCAAUAUGGCGGCCUCGUGGACGCACUCUGAAGAGUUGCUUGUUACAGCGCUGAUAAAACGCUAAGUAGCAAUGUGCUCGGUUAAGUAACUCAUUUCCCCCUUUUUUGAUUAUUAUUAUUUGAAGCAACUCUUACACGUCGAUGUUGCGGUUCCCCAAAACCUGCAAUUCGGGCGGUUGUUCCUGGUUGGGUGCGGCUACUUCCUGGUACCCGUGUCAUCCAGACACCUGUAACGGUGAACUUUUUUUUUUCUUUUUUUUUUUUUAAUUUAACCGCAGUGAUGCGGUUACCCCUUGUGAUCUGUAACGGUAGACGGGCCGUGUGACUUGGCCCGUGGUGGCUCCCAUUGAAGCGGGUCAGAUUUAUUGUAGCAACCGGUCUUAGCAACGCUAAAAUCCAAACUCUGCGAGGGGUCUGCGUUUUUGGAAUGUCGCCGUGAACGCGCACAAAAGCAAACUUGUCUUACUUCCAUGGACGUCUGAGGCGGAUAGUAUGGGAUGUGGCAGCUCCACGACCGCGGUGGUCCACCCUAUACGACCCACAGACGAGGUUGGAAAAAGUGUGGAGGGCGACAUAGAAGGCAAAUGCGGCCGCGGCGACUCGGCCGUGUCCAAGGUGACGGAGGACAGUGGCGUGGUGAUGGCGCCGGUGGUGCAGAACGCCGAGGUGUUACCCGUAGACGCGUUCCCCGGUGAGGUGCCCGUGAAGCCGCCCGGCUUACUUGGGCGGGAGGUCCCGAUGCGAGAUCCUCCCACAUCCAGCGAUAUCCUGCAGGAGCUGCAGAACGAGGGGAUCAUCCCGGCGAGCCCCAGCCGGGAGACGACCACCGGGCGGGCCUACACCAUCAUGCUGGAUGACAGCGAGGGCAUCAGACGCCGGCCCCCCGCCAGACUGGAGUCCCUCAAGGUCAAACGUCUACCCAGCAAGGAGGAGAUGGAGGAGAAGAUGCGGCUCGCUGACGAGAGGCGCAAGUCGCGCGAAGACGAGCUGACGGCACGUUUGAGGAGCAAGUCGGCCCGCGUCCGCCGAGCCGCCGCCUUCGUCCCUCCGCGUUCGCCUCCCGACGUCGAGGGCGUCCGCCGCAGCGCGAGCGGCGCGGCUGCGCCCUGAGGCGGGAGAGAGGGCGAGAGACGACGAGGAGUCGGCCCUGAUGGAGGCUGAGCUCCUCCCGUCUUUGGGGGCGCUGGAGAGUGACGCCGGCUUCCGGCGAGGAGGCGACAAGGAGAUUUUUUUUUCAUGAAUGAGAGCAGGUGAGGACGCCAAAGUUAUUCCUCCUACAACUCAAAUUUAUUUUUGUAUUCAUUUUGUCUUUUUGAUUUAAUUAGUUGGUUUUUUUUAAACAUGAUGUAUUAUGAAAUUAUCUAUUUUUUAAUUAAAAUAAUUUUUCAAAUUAUUAGUUGCACUUGACGCCCUUUAAAACCGUCAGUUAGACUGGAAAGACAUUUUUCCCACAUUUUAGAAUGAUUUUGUUUGCUUUGUACUGUAAGCAUUUGAAAUGUUCCUUUGUC